AUGUUCGCUGAUAUUCGUGCUCUCUCCAUCUUGCGUGGAACCCUCGGAAUUCCCUUCUCCUUGGCGGCCCACGAGUGCAAGCCUGGACCUGGACACCCUUGCUCGCGCGACCACCAUGGCCAGGACGGCGAUCACGAUCACGACCACGACCACGACCAAGAUCAAGAUCAGGACAGUGGCUCUGAGACCUUCGGAUAUCCCACCGUCCUUCAUGCCUAG